UCGGAUUGAAAACAGAUCAGCCUGAAGAUAUCUCCACCGCAUGUCUAGAACAACUGACGAUUAAACCUAGACGAGUUUUUACAUUUCGUCAAUAAGACAAAACGAGAACAAUGCUUUUGAAUAAUCACGAAAGGAAAUAGAAAGUUUUCCGCUUCAUUAUGAUGGAUUGUAAAAGUUAGAUGACUAACUGCGCUCCAGUAAAAUAGUCGAGGGAUGCCGUGUCUCGAACUUUGUAGAGUUUAGAACAAGUUUCCGUAAGGCGCGGAGCACAUGGAGUUUUGUGUCAGUUUUACUGAUGCAUAGGUAUGUGUGCGUUUCAUACAUAAAUGUAUCAUUUUACUGACAGCUAUCGGAAUCAGUGCCAGUCAACGAUUCACCGGACAAAGUGAAUUGAAGAGAAUCGGUUCAGAAAAAGAAAACACGCAAGGUCCUCUGAGCUGUCCACCAUGGAGACCUCGGCUCAGGCAGCGUCUGAGAAGAAGGAGUGCAAGGGAUCAGGCCUGGACCCCAGCAGCUUCUCUGAUCUCCCCAAGAAACCCUCCCCUACCACAUUGACCAGAGGUCCUCACCACCUCUUCCCCACCUUCCACACGCCCAUCCCGAUCGACAUGCGGCACCACGAGGGGCGGUACCAUUACGAGCCACACCCCCUGCACACCAUGCACGGACCUCCAGGACUUGGGGGCAGCCCGGUCAUCUCAGACAUCUCCCUGAUCCGCCUGUCUCCCCACGCUGCCGGGACAGGGGAGUCUCCCUUCAGCGCCCCGCACCCCUACAUCAACCCCCACAUGGAGCACUACCUGCGCUCCAUGCACAGCAGCCCCACCCUCUCCAUGAUCUCGGCCGCCCGUGGACUCAGCCCUGCGGAUGUGACCCAUGAGCAUCUGAAGGAGCGUGCGCUCUUCAGCUUGCCCCCUCCCCCGCCAGGGGCCAACCCCACAGAGUACUAUCACCUGAUGGCCAGCCAGAGGAGCCCCUACGGAGACCUGCUCCUGCAGACCGGGGCGGCUGCAGCGGCGGCAGCCGCCGCCGCGGGCCAUCUGCCCGACUACAUCAGUCCCGUGGAUGUGUCUCGGUUCUCCAGCCCCAGGCUGACCCCCAGGCUGAACAGGAAGCGAGCCCUCUCCAUCUCCCCCCUGUCGGACGCCAGCAUCGACCUGCAGACUAUGAUCCGCACCUCGCCCAACUCCCUGGUGGCCUACAUCAACAACUCCCGCUCCAGCUCUGCAGCCUCCAGCUCCUACGGACACCUCUCUGUCGGAGGCCUUAGCCCCUCGUUCCCUUUCCCCCACCCAAUCAACCCAGUGGCCUACCAGCAGCUCUUGUCCCAGCAGAGGGGUCUCAGCGCGUUCGGCCACACGCCGCCCCUCAUCCAGCCUUCACCCUCUUUUCCCGCCCGCCAGCAUGUCCUGGCAGCCUCCUCUCUGAUCAGCUCCCACAACAGCAGCAGCGCAGAGUCUAAGCAGAGCGCCGGAGGAGACCCGGCCGUCAGCAGCACGGUCAACCCCAUGAUCCCCAAGAAGCCCAAGGUGAAGAUGGAGGUGGAGUUCCUGCCGCGGCCCAUCUCUCCCUGCUCCCAGGAGCACGCCGGGGGGGUCCUGGACCUGAGCGAGGAGCUGGACAAGGACGAGUGCAAGCAGGAGCCCGAGGCCGUCUACGAGACCAACUGUCACUGGGAGGGCUGUGCCAAGGAGUACGACACCCAGGACCAGCUGGUUCACCAUAUUAACAAUGACCACAUCCACGGAGAGAAGAAGGAGUUUGUGUGUCGCUGGGACGAGUGUUCUCGCGAGCAGAAGCCCUUCAAGGCCCAGUACAUGCUGGUAGUCCACAUGCGCAGACACACGGGAGAGAAGCCACACAAAUGCACAUUUGAAGGCUGUUCCAAGGCCUAUUCGCGCCUGGAGAACCUUAAGACCCACCUGCGCUCCCACACUGGGGAGAAACCCUACGUCUGCGAACACGAGGGAUGCAACAAGGCCUUCUCCAACGCCUCGGACCGGGCCAAGCACCAGAACCGCACGCACUCCAACGAGAAACCGUACGUGUGCAAGAUCCCGGGCUGCACCAAGCGCUACACCGACCCCAGCUCUCUCAGGAAGCACGUGAAGACCGUCCACGGGCCCGAGGCCCACGUCACCAAGAAGCAGCGCAGCGACGUUCCCCCGAGGCCCCAGCCGCCCAAAGGGAGCGGAGAGAACGAGUCCAGCCACAAGCUGGGCGGCCGAGGCCUGGAAGGCAUGACGGAGGCCAACAGCACCACUAGGGGGGCGGAUGACUGCCUGCUGGUCAAGUCUAUCAAGACGGAGAACUCAAUGACGUAUCAGUCCAGCCCUGGCGGCCACUCGUCAUGCAGCAGUGAGCCGUCGCCACUUGGCAGCGCCACCAACAAUGACAGUGGAGUAGAGAUGGCCUUGUACGGCGGGGGGGGCAGCUUCGGGGACCUGAGCGCUCUGGACGCCCCCCCGAUGGUGGACUCGUCCACCCUGUCCCCCGGCCACUCGGCUGGGGUGGGGCUCCAGCUGAGGAAGGCGGGGCACGGGGGCGUCACCAUCAAGCUGGAGAACAUCAAGCAGGAGCGUCUGAAGACGGUGAGGGAGCCGUGUCCCUGGGCCAAUCCCGCUCCUCAGGUCCGCACCACCAAGCUGCCCCCGCUGCCCACUCUCGGUUCUCUCCUAGAGGGUUCGGGUAUGAGCUGCCCCACCAUGACGUACUCUGGACAGCGGUCCGGUGACCUGUCAUCCUGCGAGGUGACAGUGCUGAACCAGCUGAACCAGCGGCGCGACAGCAACACCAGCACCGGCAGCUCCGCCUACGCCCUCAGCAGGCGCUCCUCGGGCAUCUCUCCCUGCUACUCCAGCCGCCGCUCCUCCGAGGCCUCCCAGUUCAGCCACCGCCACCACAACAACAUCAGCUCGGCCGACUCCUACGACCCCAUCUCCACCGACCUCUCCCGCCGCUCCAGCGAGGCCAGCCAGUGUGGCGGAGGAGGAGGAGGAGGAGGCCUCCCCAGCCUGCUCAGCCUCACCCCGGCCCAGCACUACCGCCUCAAGGCUAAGUACGCCGCCGCCACUGGGGGGGCGCCGCCCACGCCCCUGCCCAACAUGGAGCGUAUGAGCCUCCGGACCCGCAUGGCCCUGUAUGGGGACUCCCAGGACUCCUCCCACCUGUUCCGCCCCCCCGGGGGGGCGGUGCCGCGGCGCUGCAGUGACCUCGGCUACGGCUCCCAGAGCAUGAUGCCCCACGAAGUGCCUGCCAACCUGCCCCGCCGUGCCAGCGACCCCGUCCGCCGCCCGACCCUGGACCCACUCUCCCUGCCCCGGGUCCAACGCUACAACAGCAUGAACAACAUGAACCCCCUGGUGGGGCCUCCCUCCACCGACCGCCGGGCCCUGGUCAUGCAGGGCUACACUCGCUCGGAUGGCAGCCUGCAACGCCAGCCCUUCGCGCCCAGGCCCCCCAGCAUCUCGGAGAACGUUGCCAUGGAGAACAUGGCCGUGGACGGGCUGGACCAGGCCGGGGAGGACGACAUGAUGCUUCCUGACGAUGUGGUGCAGUAUCUUAGGUUACAGAACGGUGGCGCUCCCCAGAAUGCAGCAGCAGCUGAUUAUGGCUCCAGCCAGCCCCAGGGCUUCCCACAGCAGCUCCAGGGCCAGCCCCAGCAGCACUUCUAUGGGCAGAGACGCAUGGCCAUGGUGGAUGCCAACAUGCCCCAGUUAGCCCAACAGGCCCUGCCCCCCUGCCUGAUGAGUCCAGGCUCCCACCAGCAGCCCUUCCUAGCCUCCACAAGCCUGAGCAAGAGCAGCAUGCCAGUGCAGUGGAAUGAGGUAAGCUCUGGAACAGUGGAAGCUCCAGCCAGACUCACCAAGCAACAGCAGCUGGGCAGAGGGAACCUGGCCGUGGUUCAGCAGAAACACAAUUUUGGACCCUUCCAGGGCCUCGAUAAUGGCAACCAGCAGGUGAUGCCCAUGAGCCAGAACAUGGCGCUACAAGGCUACACCCAGCGUAGCACACAGAGGAUGAACUCCCUCCCACAACCGAGGCAGCCCUACAACAACAACAUGAGCUUCGGGGAGCAAAUGAGCCCCCAGCAAGGGUACGGCCAGGAGGUCCUUCCGAACUCUCUGUCCGGAAACUCCAGUUUACAGCAGAACGCCAGCAGACCCAUAUACAGCGGCGUGACUCUGCCCAGUGGCAGAGGCAUGGGAGGCCAGAACCCAGACAUGCAGAGCUACAGGUCGAGGACUCAGGGUGAAAGCUAUCCCCACAUGAAUCCUCAGGUGGAGCAGCAGGGUUACAGUGUUCCCGCCCAGCAGCCUGUCCACAAUGGGAACCGGGCUAUGAUACAGCCCAGGCCUCCCAUGGAGUCUAAGUCUAUGAACAGACAACAUUCAGGACCCAGCGGCGCCAUGCAACUCGGCCGCUUCCCUCCAACUGACUUCAACCCUGGCCACGGCAACACCUCCGAGGCCAGCCCUAAGAGGCUGGGCGGUACUGCGGUCCACAACGUCAACGGGAACAACCCGGUGACCUUCUACAACGGCCAGAUGCACAUGUCUGAGCACAGCAGUGUUCACUUCGAUGCGCCCAUGUCACCCUGUGCCGGCCAGGACCCUGGCAGCACCCUGGCCAACAUGGCUUCCCCAGGGGUCAACCAGGUCACCAGCACCGUGGACUCCUCUGGCGUGGAGCAUGCUCAGAUUGACUUUGACGCCAUGUUGGAUGACGGGGACCACUCCAGCCUCAUGUCCGGGACGCUCAGCCCGGGCCUCCUCCAGAGCCUGUCCCAGAAUUCCUCACGACUUACCACGCCCCGUAACUCGGUGACACUGCCAUCCGUGCCGGCGGGGGUGGGCAACAUGGCGAUCGGAGACAUGAGCUCCAUGCUCACAGCGCUGGCUGAGGAAAGCAAGUUCCUCAACAUGAUGACCUAACAGUGGCCUCUCGCACGGUCAUCACCUCUACAUCAGGAAAACAAUGAACUAUGAAAACAAGCACUGAUUGAACUAUUUGACAAUGUGGAAGGGAGUUUUACUGUACGUUCACCUGCGUACAGAGUCUCUGCUUGUCUUGUAUUAUUUUCUAUACAAUAUGUAGCUUUUAUGUUGAAAGUCAAUACAGUAAAGGCAUAAGGAGCAUUUUCAGUGUUUAAAAAGCCAUACUUUUAUCUACAUUAAGAAUUGACCAGGGUAUGAAAAUGCAUCUACAAAUAAGUCCAUCAAUCAGUAUUUGAUAGUGUUACCCUUUAAAAAGCAGUACACUGAAAGCAGUUCACUAAGUGCCUUGCUAACUAGAUUCCGUUUGAGCAUUUGAACACAUAUGAACUGACGUGAAAACGAUGUUGCCGGGUAAAAGGCAUAUGGAAUUAUCUGAAUCUUUUUCCUCAUGACCAUGUUUAGAAAUAUACUGUAUGAUACAUGCUUUAAAUUAUGUUAAAGUUGACAUUUGGCGAAUUCAAGAAAAACAUCAACCAACAUGGCUCUAUUUAGCCGUCACCAUCCAUGCAUAGGGUUUUCCGAGGACACUGUACCACACGCUUAUACGGUGGCUCCAUCAGAUGCCCUCCCACUGCCCUACAGAGUCCUAGCUAGCUCUGCAUGGACCUUGCUGGGUGGAGCUCACUCUCUCUGGAGCUCCCUCUCAUACGACCGGCUGAUUUCACACGAACAGAGAUACAAAGAGACCCCUCUACAGGACUGACAGGGAGGUACGCGCAGCCUGUUAUCUCUAAAGGAAUAUGCAAGUAGCUCCAUGUGUCCUCAGUGGAGGCUGUGCUCUAAUGAAUGCAUUCAUUACCCCCCCCACACACACUUUCCGAGUGAGCAUGGGGUGGACUAGAGGAACAGUUGUAGGUUUGCUGGAAUUGAUGUAGCCUCGUGUAUGCUACGGUCGACUUUACUAUGCCCAGUGUGUAUGUGUGCAGACGUGUGUAUGUGUGUGUGUAUAUAGCUUUUGUACAUUUCAAAUACAGUAUCUACAUUUUUCCGGUUUUAACCAAGGUCCUGUGUUGUGUCUCCUUUGAUGUCACAUGGUCUCGUCCCUGAGGGAAACAUAAAAGCCUGUGACAUCGUUCCUCUUCUCCAUGGACCUCUAAUGAAUUCUAGCCUGUAAAAAAAUGUCAGACCAUUUCUCCUGAUCAAAAAUGCCCUGGACAUGCGUCACAGGCUAGCUUUAAUGUUUUUUCGUCAUAGCUUUACUCUAAAGACUGGAUGCAGACAGUGGCUCACCCCUAAACACUUUGAAAUACCAUAAUGAUUGACUGCAUAAUUUGACUAAGACAUUUGACACAUGGACACAUGAGCCUCUAUUCAUAGUUAUGGUAAAGUAAUAUGGUGCAAAUAAUAAUUUGCAUAUAUAUUUGGUAAUAGCUGUAAGCUAGCCAGGGUGUCAAUUUAUGUGAAAAUGUGUUCAAACCUUUUCUAAGGGUCAUUUUAUCUUUGAGUUAGGUGGUGAAUAAGCUUGAAUAAUGGAAGACCAACUAUGUUUUCCCUUUGAAGCCAUCCCUUUCAUUAUCGACUUACAACAAAUGAAAAUAUUA